AUGGGUAUUUGUUGCGGCAAAGGCAACAACACAAGACCAGAAUCCAAUGGCUAUUCCUUGUACCAAAACCCAUCAUCACCUUAUGAACCAAGGAAGCCUUCUCCCAUUGGACAAACUCAUCAGCAAUCGAAUCAAAACCAACCGAACUCUCCAUUGAAUCCGACUCCUAAACCCCAGUCCCUCGUCCAACCCGACGCAAUCCUUGGCAACCCCUAUUCAGAUGUUCGCUCCUUCUACACCCUUGGCAAAGAGCUCGGCCGUGGCCAAUUUGGUGUCACGUACCUUUGCACCGAGAAUUCGACUGGCUUAGCUUAUGCUUGCAAGUCCAUUUCCAAACGAAAGCUUAAGAACAAGAACGACAGAGAGGACAUCAGAAGGGAGAUUCAGAUUAUGCAACAUUUAACGGGGCAGGCCAACAUUGUGGAAUUCAAAGGAGCUUAUGAAGAUAAGCAGUCGGUGAACCUUGUACUGGAAUUGUGUGCUGGCGGAGAAUUGUUUGAUAGGAUUAUUGCCAAGGGCCAUUACACGGAGAAAGCUGCCGCGGGGAUUUGUCGAGCAAUUGUGAAUGUAGUGAAUAUUUGCCAUUUUAUGGGAGUGAUGCAUAGAGAUCUUAAGCCGGAGAAUUUCUUGCUUGCUACUAAGGAUGAGAAGGCGAUGCUUAAGGCUACGGAUUUUGGGCUGUCAGUUUAUAUUGAGGACGGUAGAGUGUACAGAGACAUAGUUGGAAGCGCUUACUAUGUUGCUCCUGAGGUUCUAAGACGCAACUAUGGAAAAGAAAUCGAUAUCUGGAGUGCUGGGGUUAUCUUAUACAUUCUUCUCAGCGGGGUACCUCCUUUCUGGGCCGAAACUGAGAAAGGAAUAUUUGAUGCAAUACUACAAGGCGAUAUUGACUUCGAUAGUUCACCAUGGCCAUCUAUAUCAGAUAGUGCCAAAGAUUUAAUCAGGAAGAUGCUGACCCAGGAUCCGAAGAAAAGAAUUACUGCAGCCCAAGUCCUUGAACAUCCAUGGAUUAAAGAAGGUGGUGCCUCUGAUAAACCAAUUGACAGUGCCGUCCUCUCCAGGAUGAAGCAAUUCAGAGCAAUGAACAAGCUAAAGAAAAUGGCUCUAAAGGUUAUUGCCGAAAAUCUUUCUGAAGAAGAGAUCAAAGGCCUUAAACAGAUGUUUACCAACAUGGACACUGACAAGAGUGGUACAAUUACAUAUGAAGAGUUGAAAUCUGGUUUGGCUCGGCUCGGUUCUAGGCUUUCCGAGACUGAAGUAAAACAACUCAUGGAUGCUGCUGAUGUGGAUGGAAACGGGUCUAUAGAUUACAUUGAGUUCAUUACAGCUACAAUGCAUAGGCACAAGUUGGAAAGAGAUGAGCACUUAUUCAAAGCCUUCCAAUACUUUGACAAGGAUAACAGCGGAUUUAUUACCAGGGAUGAGUUGGAAUUGGCCAUGAAGGAGCAUGGACUGGGUGAUGAUGCCACAAUCAAGGACAUCAUAUCUGAAGUUGAUUCAGAUAAUGAUGGAAGGAUAAACUAUGAUGAAUUUUGCGCAAUGAUGAGAGGUGGAGCGCAACCAAUGAAGCUCAUAUAGUUACUAGUAGUAUAGUGUAUUAUUAGAUAUUUACUUUGUUCAUUCGCCUGAGAUAUUUCACAUAAACUAGGAACCAACACAAAUUAGAGGCUUCAGUCCUCAAUACUUUUCCGAGUGAUGUUAAUGUGUAUACUUUUUUUGAAUCAAUCUUUUCCCGAACGUGUACGAUGGUAUCAUUGCAAGUUUAUAUCAAGAGUUCACAAUUGGCUUUACUUUAA